AUGCUCUACCUGAAGGAAGAGAAAAUGAAAAAGCUUGAAAAACAGCGCAAAAAAGCAUUGGGCGAAGCAUCAAUCGGCGGAAAGUUUGAGCUGGUGGACCAGAAUGGCAAAAAGUUCACUUCAUCUGACCUCGAAGGUAAGUGGGUCUUGCUGUACUUUGGCUUUACCCAUUGCCCCGAUAUUUGCCCUGAUGAACUGGAGAAGCUUUGCAAAGCCGUCGACAUCAUCUCCGCGAACAAGGAGGCCGAUCCAAUUCAGUCCGUUUUCAUCACCGUUGACCCUGAACGAGACGAUGUGAAGGCAGUCCGCGAGUACAUUGCAGAGUUCUCUCCCAAACUGAUUGGCCUCACUGGAACGCAAGAGCAAGUGAACCAGGCGACUCGAUCGUAUCGCGUCUACUACUCUGCUGGUCCUCGUGAUCACGAGAAUGACUACAUCGUCGAUCACACCAUCAUCACCUACCUAAUUGACCCUGAUGGAAAACUGGUCGACUACUACGGGCAGACUAAAACGGCCGAAGAUGUUGCCACCGGCGCUAUCAACAGCAUGAAAAAGUACCGCAGUUUGAACCGUCGACUUGGAUUUUUAUAA